UAAAAGGCAUUUUCACUAUGCAAAAAUUACAGUUUUAAUUGUUGCAUUCACUGAACAAUUUGAGCGAUCAUGAAAUACUUUUAUCCGAAAGUUGUUAUCCUGAUUAGCUUCGCGUUUUGCAUCAGUGGGUUGGUCCAUUACCAAAAAUUGGACAAAGGAGUGAACGGGUGUAGAACCAAAGGCGGCGCACCAGGAGGAGAUGCAGCAAAUGCACCUGGAGGAGCAAAUGCACCUGGAGGAGCAAAUGCACCUGGAGGAGCAAAUGCACCUGGAGCAGCAAAUGCACCUGGAGGAGCAAAUGCACCUGCAGCAGCAAAUGCACCUGGAGGAGAUGCUCAAGCAGCUCAACCAGCUCAACCAGGAGGCGAUGCAGAUGCAGGGGCAGCGGCAGGAGCAGAUGCAGGGGCAGCGGCAGGAGCAGAUGCAGGGGCAGCGGCAGGAGCAGAUGCAGGGGCAGCGGCAGGAGCAGAUGCUGCGGAACCUGCAGUAGCAGCGAGAGCUCCUCCCCCUGGAAUUGAGAUGCUAGUGGGUGGUACUCUUAAAGAUGAUUUAACAUGCGGAGUCUACGUAUGCCAAAAUACAGAAGGCGACGCUCUGAUUCACUAUUGUCAGAUACCAGCUCCUUUCGAAAUGUGCAACGGCGAUGGCGUCUCGACCGUCAUUCCAUUUCCUGAGUGCUGCUGGAAGUGCGUAACCUACGUCGCCUGUGUCAACGCAGCU